AUGGACUUUGUCAAAUCGACGAUUGACUCGAAAGCUAGACGAAGCCAGUCGAUGUGGACGUUACAUCGACAAAACACGUGGGUUGCAACGUCAAGAGCCGCCACAUUACCCCAACAGUUACGUGCAGGCUCCGUCAUCGAUAUUUGUGACGCAAGCUAUCAAGAAAAGCAAAAGAGUAUCAUUCGGAGAUUAAGGAAUCGAGAUCAUAAGGAACGGAAAGAUAAGAGCUCGUCGACGCGUACUAUGUGUACACCUUGUCUGCAAGGUGACAUUGACGCGGUUGAUAGCGAGGGACGUACACUCUUGUUCUACGCAGCCCGGUACGGUCAGGUAGACACGGUGCGACAGCUUGUGGAGGCGGGAUGCGACAUUGACCAGGUGGAUGCCCUGGGCAACUCACCGCUGCACGAGGCAGUAGACAAGUGGCAGUUAGAGAUCGCCAAGAUAUUCCUGAGAGAUGGCAAAGUUGACGUUAACGUGACGGGCUGUCACGGUGAGACGCCGUUCAUGCGCGCGGUAACUAACGGUGACGCAGACGCUGUUAGGCUGCUCCACAGACACGGAGCAGACAUAAAUAUGUGUGACACGACCGGAUGUUCGCCGAUAUGUCGGGCGCUACAACGUGGCCUUGAGAAAAUUGCUGACUUCUUGUUAGAUAACAAAUGUGACGUCAACACCACCACGCCCAGAGAAAUGACGUGUUUCUUUCACAAAACGUCUUCUAAAGACAAUAUAUAUCAAAUCAGUAAACGGAUAUCUUAUAUAUUUUCAGAUUACAAUUUUAAACAGGACAGCGAUUGGUUAGAAGCAGAAGGGUGUCCAAUUACCAUAAAAGACUCCAAACUGCUGCACAAAGUUCUAAUCAAGGCGUGUCAGGACUGUCCAACAACACGCCGUCCCAGUCGGUGUUCAGGGAAACAGAAAAUAAUAAAAACAUUUCGAUGUAUCUUCAAACGUGACUGA